CCAGUCAUUUUGGAAGCCAUUACUACUAAAUGAUCAGAGUCACAGGUCACAUGACAUUUGUUCCCAACUCCGACGAGAACAAGACAGCUCCAACUCAGUGUCCUCUUCCCACCAUGUGGCUCUCUGCAUCAACAGAACUAAUAUAUCUGAUCUAACCAACAAGUUGAUAUCUGGAUGCCCAGCCGUGAUUAUGUUAUGAGUCAACCAUUAUGAAGAUGAAAGAUCAGCAUCUCUCUCUCUCUCUCUGCUUCUCGAGUUCUUCUCAACUCAUUCUGAGUCACAAAUGGCAAACUCUGUCUGUUUGCUGCACUGCAUCAGUAUUAUAACUCUGUCUUGGUCAAAAAAAUCCAAAUGAGAUGCCAAAGAUCGUAACUCACUUGCGGCCCAUAAUUGUUAUCUGAGUUGCGGACCAUGCGAAACCAUUGCAGCUAUUAGAAAUCGACUCUGAUGGUCUGUACUUAACAGGGGAGAGAUGUGCAACUAGGCAUACACCACCACUACAUGCUUAGCAGUAGCAGAGGAGGAAGAAGAUGGGGUUUUGGUCACUGUUCCCGGUGGCAUCCACACCAAUCGUGCAGGUGCUUCUCAUAGGCCUGCUUGGGGCGUACCUCGCGUCAGGUUACAGCAAUCUUCUUCCCCACAGUGCUCGACGAGACAUGAACAAGGUGGUGUUCACUGUCUUCACCCCAUCUCUAAUGUUUGCUAGUCUAGCGAAGACCGUCACCUUGAAAGAAAUCAUAUCUUGGUGGUUUAUGCCUGUCAAUCUCGGGAUCACGUUCCUGAUUGGGGGAAUCCUUGGCUGGAUAGUAGUGAGAAUCCUAAGGCCUCCAAGGCAUCUCGAAGGCCUCGUAAUAGCUACGUGCUCUGCUGGCAACAUGGGCAAUCUGCUGUGGAUAAUCAUCCCGGCGAUCUGCGAACAGGACGGCAACCCCUUUGGGAACAACAAGGUGUCCGGUGCCCGCGGACUCGCCUCUUUCUCCAUGGCGAUUGGAGGAAUCUACAUUUGGACACAUUCCUACAGUCUCAUGAGGAAUGCAAGCAAAAUAUACCAUGCAAGCCAUAUAUCUUGCCAUGCAGGUGGCAUAGAGAGACAUGGGAAUGACCAGAGAGUCUCUACAGAUCAGGAGAAUAUGCUUUCACUUCCAGUGGAAGUAAUGGAAGAAAUAGCAGAAAACCAAAUUGAUAUCCCAUUACUACCCAAUGGAAGCCUCCAUGGCGAGAAGGUGAACUCCUGGGAUAAGAUGAAAGAGACUCUCCACAGUAUUGUUGAAGAGUUGUUGGCUCCACCCACUGUUGCCUCAAUAAUGGGAGUCAUUGUUGGUGCAACACCAUGGCUGAAGUCUCUGUUUGCAGGCUCAAGUGCACCACUGAGAGUUGUAGAAGACACCGUGAAGUUAUUAGGUGAUGGCACGGUGCCCUGCAUCACCCUUGUUCUUGGUGGAAACUUGACACAGGGUUUACGCAGGUCGGUCGUCAGCAAUGCGGUGAUCGUCGCGAUUGUUUGCGUUCGCUACCUCGUCCUUCCUGUGAUUGGGAUCGCAGUGGUGAGAGCGGCUUACGGGUUGGGAUUGGUGCCAUAUGAUCCACUGUAUCGGUAUGUGUUGAUGAUACAGUUCGGUGUUCCACCUGCCAUGAAUAUAGGAACGAUGGCUCAGUUGUUUGACGUUGGUCAAGAGGAGUGCUCUGUCAUCUUCCUGUGGACAUAUGUGGUCGCCACGGUGGCGGUCACAGUCUGGUCAACAGUGUUCAUGUGGAUCUUAUCGUAGAAUUGCCGUCAGAAAGCAUCACAAGCUAUAUAUGAGCGGCACGGAGAAGAUGGUUUUAUGGGUCUCAUUCUUUGUUAGCAAUCGUUGCAGAUUAAGAUGAUGUCAAUAAGAAGAAGAAAAGGAGCAAUCAUUGUGAAGUGAACCUCACAAUGAAAGCUUUUGCAGUGUAGGCAAGAGGAUAGUAUUGUGCAUAAAAGCUUCAUCCA